GAUUCUCCGUUGUAAGAAACCGACCGAGAAACUUACUACAGCGACUAAGUGUUCCUCUAACCUCGUUUGUGACCUCAGCGCGUCUGAAGACAGUACCCUAGUGGCCAUGUUACUCUUCAGCUUCGUGGAAAGGAAUCCUCGCUUGUUGUUGGUACUCCGUGUCAUUCACCGAUGGUGCAGUGGGACUGGGCUGUUGCGCAACCCUGCGGACGCUGAAAACAUUUCGAACGUGCUCAACAUCCUUUUUCUUUCACAGUGCAUAAACCGUGGAGAAAUUGAAAGUUUUCAAGCUGAAAAGGUACAGAAAAAGUUGGAUGGGUUUGUUCGUGGGCAGGGCACAGAUUUAAACUUGUGUACGAAGUUUGAGGAAAUUUGGAACGUCGUCAGCAACCAAACCAAUAAUGAACAAGCAGAAGGAAACAUAAACCUCAGCACUAACCUCGGUCGGAACUUAUUGUUGUUCUUUCGAAGUUAUGAGACGUCUUUGGAUAUGAUUAUACCAGAACCAUUCGCCUGCAUCCUUAGUAGCAACAAGGUUUCUCAACUAAUUGAGGUUGACAAGAUUGAUCUCAUUCAAGAUCAGAUGCAACGUGCUUAUCAACUUUUGGCGCAAUACGGCGACGUAGAAAUUAUGCUAGCCUGCAGCAGUUCCGAAGAAUACAACGUGAUAUUCCUCUCACCUCUUCUUUCAUUCUCUGUGUCAGGCGUCGAGAAAAGCAAAGCUAAAGAAAUUGCAAGAAAGACUGGAGCAACCAGUGUUGUUAUUCGAUCCAGUCUCCCACGCUCUCGGAAGUCCGCUAUUCUCGAAGUCAGGGGAAAUGAGCCAACAAUACGUGCGGUGCGAAGAGAAUUAGAGAAUAUGACAGUUCAAGCGUCUAGGGAUAAGUGGUCCCUCAUGAGUGGAUCUUUCGUGGAUGGUGCAAACUUAAUGUUAUUCGAAGGAAGUAAAAAUGUAAAAGAUGUGAUCACUCUUACUCCUUACAUUGGACGGUGUCAUCAGACCCACGAUGGUCUACCACGUCACGUUGCUUUCGUGAAGAAUCCCACAAUCCCGAUCACCCAGUACAUGUUCAGUCGUUUUUCGGAUAAAUUCUUUCAGCAGGUCCAAUUGCUUGAGAGAGAUUUCGUUCCCCAGCUACAUGGCAUACACGAAUUAGCAGUGCACUUUGGGAGAACGUACUUGUUUAGUGUACCACAUAUACUGCUAGAAGAUAGCGAAUCCGUAUCCAUUGCUAUGCUUAGGGCCAACAAGUUGAAAACAGCAGUCGAGCAAACAAAACGUAGUGCUCCAGAGACAAUUAACUAUGUCAGUCAGGAAACCGAACGUCGCCGUAGAAGAAAAAGAAAACCGAACAAAGAAUUCAACAGUGGCGAAAAGACUAAAAAACGGAAACGAAGCAAGCCGUCUAGAAGUUCAUUCUAUACCACUGUUCAUUCCGCAGACAGGGUGAAGAACUUCCUUCAAUCUCGUGGAUUCCAGGCCGAGGACGCCGACUCCACGGAAACCUACUCGGUAAAUAUCUAUCGUGAAGAUAUCGAAUUUUACGUCAAAUUUGACAGCUUUCUGAAAUUCACAGAAGUCAGAUUCCCUAAUCUUCGUUGGUGCGUCACGGAUAUAAAGAGAAUGUGGCAAAAUCACAUGAAUAGGUAAGCAAGAAUAAUUUUCUUAAGCAUCCCAUCAACUUCUAUUUCACUUUGAUUCUCACUCGUGUGUGUUUCAAACUAAACAUCUGCAUGCUAGUACAUGUUUUUUUUGGUCAAUAAAAUUAAAUGAAUUCGAACUUAACUCCUACAAUCCACAAAAUAUUUCGAUUAUUCGUCAUUGCCUACAUAGAUAAAACAUUUUCGUAGCAAUACGUUAAUACCUCAUCUGAUAAAGUAUUAAAAUUUUCUGUUUAUUCUUCCUAUUUUUGUAAUAGCGGUAGACGCAUUUUAUUUAACACGUAUUUACUGUUACGGUUCUAAUAAUAUACAGAAAAAUAAUACUCGACUGUGAUUGAUGGAUUUCAGUGCAGUUAUAAUCGCAAUCAGCAGUGCAAUAUUCUGUAAUCACAGUGCAAUUUUCUGUAAUCAGGAAAACUUUGCCAGUGGAAUGUUCACUAUAAACUACAAUUGUCUCGAACAUUUUUAUGUAAAUUAUUAAUAAGUAAUAGCAUGGUUUCUCGUGAAAUUUGGAUAAACAUGCACUCGUGAGUUUUUCAAAGACUUGAAAUAGCACUCGUCUUUCGGACUCGUGCUAUUUUGAGGUCUUUGAAAAACUCACUCGUGCAAGUUUAUCCAAAUUGCACUCGAAACCAUGCUAUUACCUGUAUAAUAAUAUACAUAAAGAUAUUACUCGACUGUGAUUGGUUGAUUUCAGUGCAGUUAAUCCCGAACAGCAGUGCAAUUUUCUGUAAUCACAGUGCAAUUUUCUGUAAUCACAGUGCAAUUUUUUGUAAUCACAGCGCAAUUUUCUGUAAUCACAGUGCAAAAAUCUGUAACAAACUGAUCUGAUUGGUGGAAAAACAUUGUGAUGAUUAAAUCAACCAAUCAGUUUAAAACAGUUUAGUUUUAAAGAAGUAACGGUCACAGAUUGCUUCAAAACAAAACAAACAUGGCGCCGCGCUACACAAAGUAAAAGUUGCCUUCGCGUGGAAAAUAUGGCUUUUAUCUUUAUUUUUAAAUGGAAAAGCAUUUACCUUAAACAAGACUAACAAAAAAUACACAGUUGAGUGGAAUUUUCAAGCUGUUAGCGUUGUAUAAUGUGAUAAAACAAAGCCAGGAAAACUUUGCCAGUGGAAUGUUCGCUAUAAACGCGUAAGUUAAAACUACAAUUGUCUCGAACAUUUUUAUGUAAAUUAUUAAUAAGUAAUAGCAUGGUUUCUCGUGAAAUUUGGAUAAACAUGCACUCGUGAGUUUUUCAAAGACCUCAAAUAGCACUCGUCCUUCGGACUCGUGCUAUUUUGAGGUCUUUGAAAAACUCACUCGUGCCAAAUUGCACUCGAAACCAUACUAUUACCUAUACUAAUAUACCAAAAUAAUUGUUCCGCACCCUUUUUUGCGAACUAUGCUAGUAAUACCUGCAGGUAAACUAAUUUUUAUUCGAAUUAAUUUGUCAAUCUAAAAAUGAACAGCCCAACUUAAAAGAUCGUAAUUAUGUAAAAUGUUUUUGGAUCGAUCAAAGGUGUUUCAUCAAUAUCGAUCGAUCACGAAAAAUUAGAGAGUGAGCGGCAUUACUGGGAUUGGGAAAUACCAAUUUCUUGCGUCUCUCCAAAAGAAAAAAAACCGCGAUGGAUGAAGUAACCACCCACAAAUUGCAUUGUUUGAUUUGGCAGGCCAUGUGAUAAAUACCGGUAUGUCAUUAGUGUACCAAUAAUUGUGAUCAAUUGAAAUAGUGAGCACGAAUAAAAGUUAUUCACAAACCGCAGAUAGCCACAUGCUCAACUGAUCAAAUAACCACAAGCAUAUCAUAAAAUGCUGAUAAGUUAUCAACAGACUCCAUUCCUAUACCCAUAAUGUACGGUGAUAUGUUGGAUAAACGUUUUGAAUGGAAUCAAAUAACACCACUCAACCUGACUACAUUAUUGUACAAGUUUCAAAUGCUGACGUAAUUGGUGGUGUUCUUUGCACCACCGGCUCUACCGGAUGUAGACUACGAACUUUAUGCAUUAAAUAGUGUCCCUAAAUUACCUUGGUAGUAAUGUUUAUAGGUAAGGACAAAUUGCUUGCCAAAAUACGCGAGGGUUUUUUCGAAUUUGACCACCAUGCUCAGUUUUUGAUAUUAGGCCUAGUGCUUGCUUCAGAACUAUUAUUUCUAUUUAAAUCUCGCUCACGUUUGGACUGGAAAUCUUCGUUAAACUGGCCAUGAUGAAAGAAAUCUCGCGAUGUCGUACCAGCAAAUGAAACUAAACUAUGAUAUUUUCGAAAAAAAAUAUUGCAUAAAAAUAGAACCACCGUUUGGGCACAUCACUUAAAACUAUAUAAUUUAUCAUUUUUAUGCGGUUAUUUGUGUCAUUAGCUGCCGUAGAAGUGAAUAUGAACUACUGUCUUGAUAUAAUGCAUUUGAAUCCAUAAUACUGUAUGAAAGCAGCUUGAAGUUGACAUAAUUUUUCAACUGGUGUUUAAAACGUUUUGAUAUACAAUGUUCACCGUACUACAUAACUCCCUAGUUUAUUGUUAAAUCGAUCAUUGAAUCUUUUUUCUUUAUAUUUGUUUAUUUAGACAAGAUGGCCAACGAGAAGACCAACAACUCACACUGGAUGGAGGUGAAGUAGAUAUACGUUUCUUGUUGCAAUCCCGUGCAAUUUUAAAACCGGAUGAGAUAUCUGACACAAAUUACAAGCAAUAUGUUGACAUGUUGAAGCCUGAUCCUAGUGCUGAGAAGUCGUUUAUUGUUGACGAAAAUCUCUGGAAGGAUGUUAGAAUAAUUCGGUUUACCAAGUCCAGAAAGUUGAAAGCAAGCGCACAAGUUCAGAACGAAUUCCUAUCCGCCUUGACAGUUUAUCUGGAUGAAGUCGAAGAGCAUUCAAGACCAUGUGAGAAUCCUGGUCAAUUCAAGACGAAACUUACUCGAUGCGAAGUUUGUUUGAAGACUGAACUCCCUGAAGAUUUUGGAACAAAAACGACACUUAGAAAUUUUCUCCGCCAGCUAUGGGACUUCUCGUUCGCUUUAUCUACUUACUUAUCAGAGUAGGUUUUGAACAAUCAUUAGAGCAUGGUAGACUUGCAUGUAGACGGUAAAUAUAACUCUUAUUUGUUAAAAACAUUCUUCUUCUUUGUGCCUUAGUGUCACGAACAGUUGGAGCUAUAGCAGUACGGCAAUUUUCUACAUCAAGUUUUCAGUUCAUUCUAUUCAGAGUCUAAAGUCAGAAAUUAAGGGGAAAGCAAACUUUGCUCAUGAGGUCAAUAUUUAUGCUUACAAACCCUCAUGUUUUUCAAAUUAACAGUCAACGGUUGAGGCUAUUAACUAUACCAUGGAUUGCAUGUAUUAACUCACCGACUUUUCUUGCAUGUUAAACAGUAUUUUUAUUAGGUUAAAGGGGUAUUUUCUACAAAUUCACUAAGUUAUAUGGUUGAGAACGACCAUAUCGUGAUAGUAAAUUAAAACUGGCAUUUUACGCUCCUAACAAUGCUCAAUUUUCUUUAAAAAAUACUUCAAACCAUAUAGUCUGUCAAGUUAUGAUGAUCUGGAAACCCGGUAAACUUCAAAAGCUACAAAAUAGAAGACCCUUGUUUGAUGUUGAACUGUAUCUCACCGUGCACAAAUCUUUUGUCUCAACUAAUUCUCUAAAUAUUAUUCAUCGUGCUGGUACGUUUCAUCUCAGCUAUCCUUACUGGACGAAAACUUCAUUAUACCAAAUACAAUGAGAUGCAUAAAUUAACAUAAAUUCAAACAAAAUACGAUGACUUCUGUUUAGAUUCCAGACCAUCAUAUCUUGAUAGAGUAUGUUCAAAUUAACAUUGCUCAAAACUGGAAAUUUAUAUUUAUUUCAUUUUAAGGUUUUUAGACAAAACGAGUGUUUGUUGACUUCACAUCUAUAAAUUGACC